AUGACCUCCCACACUGCCACGUGGCAGGCUCUCAUUCGCCAGCUGCAGCCGGCAGCGGCGGUGUUUUCAGCGCAGGGCCCCGACAUGCGGUGGGCGGGCAACGAGCGCGGCGAGGCGGGCGAGCCGUGCUGGGCCAUGUCCCAACCCAUGCCUUUCCAACCCAUCCACCCCGCCCGCAGCUACCUGAACCACGGUGAUGUGGCGGGCACGGAUUGGAUGCCAGCAGAGUGUGACGUGUCCAUCCGCCCGGGGUGGUUCUGGCACCCCUCGGAGCGCCCCAAGCCCCUCGCCCACCUGCUGCACCUCUACUUGGCCUCGGUGGGGCGCGGGUGCUCGCUGCUGCUCAACGUGCCGCCCAACACCACGGGCCUGCUGCACGGGGAGGACGUGCAGCGGGUGGGGCAGUUGGGCCGCGCGCUUCAAGUGCUGUUCCAGGAAGAGGUCAGCCCCGGUGCUCACGUGCACGCCAGUAGCGUGUAUGGCUGCAAGGAGGGACGGAGGCGGAGCGGGGAGGAGGAGAGGGAUGCUGGGAGGGGAGGGUUCGGGAGGGAGUUAUGGGGGUGGUGGGGGGGAUGGGCGCGAGGGAGUGGGUGUGAGUACAGGCCUGAGAAUGUGCUGAGUGCAGGGGAUGGCACCUUUUGGGCGGCUGAGGAUGGGGUGCUGUCUGCUACUCUCCAGUUCGACCUCGGGCAGGUGAAAAACUUUCAUGUGGUGCGUCUGGAGGAGCCUGUGGCGUACGGGCAGCGGAUAAAGUCGUUCAGUGUGGAAGUGCUCGACCCGGACCCUACUGCUGCACCCGCCGCCACUCCAGCUGCCGCUGCGGCCCAAGUCAGUGCUGCUGGUGCUGGCGGGUGUGGGUCAGGCGGGUGUGGGUCAGGCGGGUGCAAUGGCAGGGAUGGUGUGCUUCCCCCCCUGCCUGGUGUGCCGGGCGGGAGUGUGCAUGUGGCCCACACACCGCAUGGCGCCCAGGGGGCUGUGCGCAGCAUGCUGGAGCGCACGGGGUGGGCGGGGAGAGCGGGCGAGUGGAGGGUGAUAGCGAGUGGCAGCACAGUGGGGCGCAAGAGGCUGUUUUGGGUGGAGGCAGUGAGAGCGCGGCAUGUGAGGGUGGUGAUUCACGAUGCGCGGGCUGCCCGCUGCUCUCCUACGUUGCACUCUACAGGAGUGGCGACCCGAGUGCAGUAUGACGCGUUAGAGGUCUACAUGAUACCUUAUGGCUUGGGCUGUUUGAUCUGCCUUGUGUGGACUGGACUGGACUCAACACAGGUCUGUCAUGGGAGCCCUAGUGCUGCUGUCAUGUGGGAUUGCACAUGGAGGAGCAAGCUGCAAGAGCCCACGCACACUCCCCUCGUCCGCCCCCGCGCACUCCCCUCGUCCGCCCACUCACACUCCCCUCGUCCGCCCCCGCGCACUCCCCGCGUUCGCCCACUCACACUCCCCUCGUCCGCCCCCGCGCACUCCCCGCGUUCGCCCACUCACACUCACCUCGUCCGCCCCCGCGCACUCCCCGCGUUCGCCCACUCACACUCCCCUCGUCCGCCCCCGCGCACUCCCCUCUUUCGCCCACGCUCACUCCCUUCCCGUCGGGCACGCGACGCUUCCUGCCAUUUCACACGCUCCCUCCAAGAGGUCGCCCACGCUCAUUCCCCUCCGUCACCCACGUCCAUUUCCCUCCGUGCUGGUUUAGUACCAGCAGCCCCAGUCCUUUCCCCCUUUGCGACCCGCAACUCCCUCUCCCCCCUGCUUCCCCGCCGUCUCCUCCCUGCUUCCCCUCCUUUCCUGGACUGCUUCCCCUAUUCCCCCCCCCCACCCCCCCUGCUUCCCAUCACGAAGCCUUACUCUCGUCUUCAUCCUAAACCCUCUCUGCCUUACGCCCAUCCUCCCCUCACUCGCACUCAUUCUUACACCCUUCUUCCAACUAUCCCCUCUCUACCUUACGCCCUGCUUCCCCCUUUCCCCUCGAUUCCCUACACCAUUAUUCCCUCUCUCCCCUCCCUGUCUUACACCCUUGUUCCCCCUUUCCCCUCUCUGCCUUACCCCCUUCUUCCCGUUCUCUGCCUUACGCCCUGCCUCCCCUUUUUCCCUCUCUUCCCUACAUCCUUCUCCCCCGUAUCCCCUCUCUGCCUUACGCCCUGCCUCCCCUUUUUCCCUCUCUGCCCUACAUCCUUCUCCCCCGUAUCCCCUCUCUGCCUUACCCCCUUCUUCCGCCUUUUCCCCCUCCCAGCCGUACGCCAUUCUCCCCCCAUUUCCCCUCUUCCAUACCCCCUUCUUCCCCCUUCCCCCUCUCUGCCUUACGCCCGUUUCCCCCCUUACGCCACUCUGCCUUACUCCCCUUCUUCCACCUUUUCCCUAUCUCCCUUGCUUCCUUCUUCCCCCUACCCUCUCACUGCCUUACACUCUUCUUCCCCCUUUCCCCUCUCUUCUUCCCUACACUCUUCUUCCCCACCUCCCCUCUCUGCCUUACUCCCUUCUUCCCCCUUUCCCUUCCCUCCGUACACCCUACUUCCCCCACCAUGCGUUCAGUUCCUUACACCGUGCUUCCCCUUUUUCCUCUCUUCCUUACACCCUACGAAACCCCUUUCCUCUCUCUGCCUUUCGCCCAUCCUCCCCCCAUUCCCUCACAUCCUUACACCCUUCAACCCCCACCAUGCGUUCUCUGCGUUACGCCCUUCAUCCCCUAUUCCCCACUCUGCCGGACCCCCUUAUUCCGCCUUUCCACCCUCUAUGCCUAGUACGCCCUUCAUCCCCCUUCUCCCAUCCUCCUUUUACCCUUCUUCCCCCUUAGCCCCUCUCUUCCCUACACCAUACUUCCCCCUUUCCCCGCUCUACCUUACACCCUUCUUCCCCCACCAAGCGUUCUCUCCCAAACGUCCUGCUAAACCCCUUUUCUAUCACUCCCCUACACCCUGCUUCCCCCUCUCCCCUUCUUCCGCCUUUCCACCCUCUCCGCCAUACGCCCUUCUACCCCCUUUUCCCCCUCUUCAUACGCCUUUCUUCCCCCCGUUCCCUCCCUUCCUUACACCCAAAAUCCCUAGAGCUACUCUGCCAUACUCCCUUCUUCCCCCUCUCGCUACUACCUCCAUGCUCCCUUACGCUACCCGCACCUCCCCCUCUCCCUUCUUCUCGCCUUUCCCUCGCUGCCCACACUUAUCUUCCAUGUAUCCCCUCUCUGUCUUACACACUCCUCUUGCCCCUACCCUCUCUCUGCCAUCCACACUUAUUCCCCCUAUCCCCUCUUGGCCUUACCCCCGAUCUUCCACCUUUCCACCUCUCCGCCCUACACCCUUCUCCCCCCUUUUCCUCCCUUUCUACGCCCUUCUUCCCCCUUUCCCGUCUCUGCCUGGUUCCGCCCUUCUUCCCCCCGUUCCCUCUCUUCCUGACACCCUUUUUCCCCCCGCCCUACGCGUCGGCCCCUCUGCACCUCUCUGCUCACAGUCUCCAAUCCGCCACCCUCGCCGUCGCCGCGCCACUCCUUGGGGUGUAACAUCAACACUCUCACACCGGAACAAGCAGCGGAAGAAGGGGAAGAGCAAGUGGGGUGACACUGCGUUCGGGGGCGUGGAGGACGUGGCGCGCGCCGAGGAGGACUUCCAGGGCGAGGAGGAGGAGGGGGAGGCGAUGGAGCCGUUCAACCUGCAGCAGGAGCGCGAGGAGGGGUACUUCGAUGCGGAGGGCAACUACGUGGAGUACAGAGAGGACACCGAGGCCACGCACGGCAGCACCACGCACCCUGGCAGUGGUGUGGCCCCUCUCAUGCCCUCCUCCCCUCUCCCCGUUUCCUCUCUCCCCCCAUCCUCUCACACUCCCUCCCCCCCUUGCAGGAUGGCUGGCGGCAGCAGCAGUGGAUCCCACGCUGGCGGCCAAGGCAGCAGCGCGCACAGGCAGCAGCGCGCACAGGCAGCAGCGCGACCCCUUCACAUUCUCACCUCCCAUCUUCCCCGCCUCUCCUUUGCCCAUCUCCCUCUUCCCCCUGCCACGACGCAUGGCUGGCAACAGCAGAGGUGGACCCCACCCAGGCCGCCAAGGCAGCAGCACCACCCCUCCACGCAUACUCACUCCAGCACGAGCCUGGAGGACGGCAGCGACGCCGACGACUGGGAGGAGCCCGCCCGCCACGCCGCCAACGGCGCCGCGGAGGCGACCGGCAACGACUCCGCUGAAGCCGCGUCUCCGGCCGCCACGGACCGCCGCGACUCCCCCAGUCGCGGCGACUCGCAGUUGCAAUCGCCGUCGCGGUCGUCGCGAUCGUCGUCGUCGCAGUCGUCUAGGUCGUCGGCGUCGUUGCGGUCGUCACACAGCGACGGGGAGAGUGAAGAUCGAGGCGCUGGGGACGAGAGGAGGGAAGGCAAUGGGGAGAGAGAGGAGGAGAAGGAAGGCGGGUAUGACGGUGAAGGGAUGGGAGGGGAUGUGAAGGGCAGCGGUGGCGAGGAGUCGACGGGACGAGACCCGCGGGGUGAUGGCGGCAAGGAGGGGGGAACGGGGGAUGGGGGAACUGGGCUGGGCGUGAACCUGGACUUUGAUGAGGACGACGGGAGUGACUAUAACGAGUCUAGUGACGGUGAGGGGGGCGGGACGGGGAGUGACAGAAGCGGAGAGGAGUGGAGAGGAAGCGAGGGGGGGGAGGGGGGUGAGGGGGGGGAGCAGGAGCAUGCGAGUGGCGUGAAGCGGAAGGAGCGAGGCGCGGGCGAGGCAGCAGAGGGGGAUGAGCGGCCGGCGAAGCGGAUGGAGGCAGGUGAGGGCGGGGGGGCCGAGGCGAAGGGGCUGCUGGUGCGCGUGGUGGCGGACCACUACAGCCGGCGCGACAACCAGCAGCGCCACGAGCGCGAGGCGAGUCCCAUCAUCCACCUCAAGAAGCUCAACAACUGGAUCAAGUCCGUGCUCAUCCGCAUGCACACCCACCCCGCCCGCGGUGCGCGCGUGCUGGACCUGGCGUGCGGCAAGGGCGGCGACCUGACCAAGUGGGCGCGCGUGAACGUGGGCUUCUACCUCGGAGUGGACAUGCGGUUCCCGGCGAAGCUGGCGUGUGCGGACUGCUUCGGCGUGGCGUUGGACCGCGAGUUGCUGCCGUGGGCGCCGUUUGACAUCUGCUCCACGCAGUUCGCCCUGCACUACUCCUUCGAGACUGAGCAGCGUGCACGCUGCGGGCUGCGCAACAUUGCAGCGCUGCUGCGGCCGGGCGGCAUGUUCAUCGGCACCAUCCCCGACGCCAACGUGCUCGUUCAGAAGCUGCGCGCCUCGCCGGACCUCAGGUUCGGCAACUCUGUCUACUCGAUAGAGUUUGCCUCGGAGUUUGCCUCGAAGAAGUUCCCCUCGGCGCGGCCGUACGGCAUCCGCUACGAGUUCCGGCUGGAGGACGCGGUGGACUGCCCCGAGUGGCUCGUGCCGUUUGCCUUCCUGCAGCGCCUGGCGGGCGAGUACGGGCUGCACGCGAUCUACCACGCCAACUUCCACUCCUUCAUCAAGACGCACGCCGCCGUGGAGCCGCACGCGUCGCUGCUGCGGCGCAUCGUGGGCGAGCGGUGGCGCGAGGAGAUGACGGCGGACGAGUGGGACGCCGCUUACCUCUACUGCGUGUUCGUCUUCCGCAAGGAGGGCCCAGGGGGGGCUGAGGGGGGUGGCGCUGUGGGGGAGAGGAGGGAGGAGUUCCGCCGUUGCCGUUACCGUUGCCUUAGCAACAGGGUGUCCCCUUCACUCACGCCACGCGCGCCCCCAUGGACGCUUCUCCCCUCCGUCCCCGCGAUCGCACCCCUCGCGCGCGCUGGCUUCUCCUUGCUGCUCCGCUGCUCCUCCUCCUCCCCGCGCUCGCAUGUCUUCGUCCUCCUCCACUCGCCUCGCUCCCUUUCCUCCCUGUCUUUCGCCCUCCCACAUCUAUCCGCGUGCUUCUCCUCUCCCCUUCCUCCGCCCCCGCCGCUGCUUCCCAUCCCCACGGCGCGCCAGCUGACACGUCAGCGUGCCGAGCUGGCGGCGUUCUUCCACGUGGGCAUGAACACGUUCACGGACCGCGAGUGGGGCACGGGCGGCGAGGACCCGCGGCUGUUCAACCCGGCGGCGCUCAACGCGACGCAGUGGGUCGACACCGUCAAGGCCGCCGGCUUCCAGGUGCGCGCAACGCGCCGGGCCUUGAGCCCACCCAAGCUUCACAGCCCCUCCGCGCCUUCAUCGUCUCUGCGCUGCUCCUCAACCCUCUCAACCAUCAUGCUCCUCUCACCCCUCUCAACCAUCAUGCUCCUCUCACCCCUCUCAACCAUCAUGCUCCUCUCACCCCUCUCAACCAUCAUGCUCCUCUCACCCCUCUCAACCAUCAUGCUCCUCUCACCCCUCUCAACCAUCAUGCUCCUCUCAACCAUCAUGCUCCUCUCACCCCUCUCAACCAUCAUGCUCCUCUCAACCAUCAUGCUCCUCUCACCCCUCUCGCCCCGCGUCCCUUCCCCAACCCCAACCCCCCAGCUGGUGGUGCUGACAGCCAAGCACCACGACGGCUUCUGCCUGUGGCCCUCCGCGCUCACCAACCACUCCGUGCGCUGCUCGCCCUGGAAGGCCGGCCGGGGGGAUGUCAUUGCUGACGUGGCGGCGGCGGCGCGGGCGGCGGGCGUGGGGUUGGGGUUAUACCUGUCGCCAUGGGACCGCAACGCGUGGGCGUAUGAGGAGGGCGUUGAGGCGUACAACGAUUUCUACGAGGGGCAGCUGCGCGAGCUGCUCACCCGGUGCCAUUCACGCGCCCUCUUCACCCCGUACUUCCUCUUCACCCCACACUUGCUCUUCACCCCGCACUUGCUCUUCACCCCACACUUGCUCUUCACCCCGCACUUGCUCUUCACCCCGCACUUGCUCUUCACCCCGCACUUGCUCUUCACCCCGCACUUCCUCGCUGCUGAAUCUAGCAACUCCAUUCCCCUUUUCUCCCUCCACCUCUCUGUCUGCUCCCCUGCAUCGUACCUCGCCUCCCUGUGUCACCUCUACGGGCCCGUGGCGGAGGUGUGGCUGGACGGCGCCAAGGGGGACCGCCGCCCCAUGACCUCCCACACUGCCACGUGGCAGGCUCUCAUUCGCCAGCUGCAGCCGGCAGCGGCGGUGUUUUCAGCGCAGGGCCCCGACAUGCGGUGGGCGGGCAACGAGCGCGGCAAGGCGGGCGAGCCGUGCUGGGCCAUGUCCCAACCCAUGCCUUUCCAACCCAUCCACCUCGCCCGCAGCUACCUGAACCACGGUGAUGUGGCGGGCACGGAUUGGAUGCCAGCAGAGUGUGACGUGUCCAUCCGCCCGGGGUGGUUCUGGCACCCCUCGGAGCGCCCCAAGCCCCUCGCCCACCUGCUGCACCUCUACUUGGCCUCGGUGGGGCGCGGGUGCUCGCUGCUGCUCAACGUGCCGCCCAACACCACGGGCCUGCUGCACGGCGAGGACGUGGAGCGGGUGGGGCAGUUGGGCCACGCGCUGCAAGUGCUGUUCCAGGAGGAGGUCAGCGCUGCUGCUCGCGUACACGCCAGCAGUAUGCCUGAGAAUGUGCUGAGUGCAGGGGAUGGCACCUUUUGGGCGGCUGAGGAUGGGGUGCUGUCUGCUACUCUCCAGUUCGACCUCGGGCAGGUGAAAACCUUUCAUGUGGUUCGGUUGGAGGAGCCUGUGGCGUACGGGCAGAGAGUAAAAUCGUUCACAGUGGAGGUGCUCGACCCGGACCCUGCUGCUGCAGCCGCCGCCGCCAUUCCAGCUGCCCCUGCUGCCGACGGUGGUGGUGCUGGUGCUGGCGGGUGUGGGCCAGGCGGGUGCAAUGGCGGGGAUGGUGUGCUGCCGUCCCUGCCUGGUGUGCCGGGCCUGGGAGAGAAUGCGCUCCACAUACUGCAUGGCGCCCAGGGGGCAGCACGCAGCAUGCAGGAGAGGACGGGGAGUGCUGGGAGGGCGGGCGAGUGGAGGGUGGUGGCGAGGGGCAGCACUGUGGGGCACAAGAGGCUGUUUCGGUUGGAAGCAGUGAGUGCGCGGCAUGUGAGGCUUGUCAUUCACGACGCCAGGGCUGCCCCGCUGCUCUCCUUCUUUGCGCUCUACAGGAGCGGUGAUUGGAGCACCAUAUGA